GGAAGUUUUCUUCUUAGCUCCUACCCGGCACCAACAAAAGCUAUCACCAUUUGUUAUCAUCAUUACCUUCGUUUGUUUAAGUCGCUUACCUUCUUAAUUAAUUUUUUCCUUUAGUUUUUCUCUUUUCUUUUCUUCGGUCGAGGACGUCACCGUUCUUCUUCUACUUUUAAAACACCAAAAAGAAUCGGAAUAAAGUCGAGAAGCCGCGUCUCUCUUUCGCCACUUCCGCACCACAAAAAAAUCCGUUUAUUUCUUGCUUUCGAUUAUCCCUCUACAGCGUGCUUAAUUCCUUUCGAACAGAGAAAAGGGAAAGGAAGGAAGGAAGGCAUCCCUCUCGUCAGGUGCGUCUUCUGCAUAUAUAUUUUCUGUGAGCGCACCCGGUCUUUCGUCCCUUUGCUUCCACCUGCAUCAAAAACAAAAGGUGAAAAGCCUUUCCGCUGUUACGAUGCAAUACAUACACCCCCUUGUCAACAUGGAGGCCCUAUCGCAGAAGUUGUCGUCCUUCGACAUGGCGUCACUGACACCGACGGAGAAGUGCGCCGCGGAGAUCGUCUUUGUGGGCAUCAUCUUUUUGGGCUUCAGCUUCUACAACAGGAUCGUCAUCCCUGCGGUUGCGGCUGUCAUCAAGAAGCGCAUCCCAGAGCGGGUGAAGCCGCUGGAGACGCUGACUGUCAAGGACAAGAUCUACAUCGCCUUCGCCAAGGCGAGCACCGCCCUCUUCGUCUACCACGUGUACAAAUUCACGGUGAACACCGAAGUGAGUCGCAUGUCGAUCGACUUUGCCGACAGCGCCGCCGUGCAGCGCUCGCUGCUGUGGCUGCCCGUGCACCUCCCCGCGCUCUUCAUCAUCUACGACUUCUUCUACACGCUAUUCCACUGGGCCCUGCACUGGCCCCCGAUUUACCCCCUCAUCCACAAGCACCACCACCGUCAGAUGUCGCCCUUCCGCGGCAACGACGACGCCAUCAACGACAACCCGAUCGAGUACGUCUCGGGGGAGUACGUGCACCUGCUCGCGCUCUACCUCCUUACCCGCAUGGCCCCCGUCGGCCAGGUCCACGCCUUGACGGCGAUCAUCUUCAUCUUUGUUGGCGGCACCCUCGCCAGCCUGAACCACACCCGGGUUGACUUUCACAUCCCGUACAUGUUCAACGUGAACUCGCACGACUACCACCACCGCCAGCCGCGUGUGAACUUUGGCCAGUACAUUAUGUUCUGGGACUGGGUUUUUGGCACCUUCCAGGCGGAGGGGCUGCCAUCGGAGAAGCAGCGCAGCGGGAAGAAGACCGUGUAA